AUUUUGUAAAGAAACUAAUAUUGAAUGUGAAGAAAAUUUCCGAACACCUAUGCUAACAUACCAAACACACCCAAUUAUCAUCCAGCAGAGACGGCGUUUCAAGCUUGAAAGGGAAAACGAUAAUUGUCAAGAAGCUCUUCUCUUCCAUAGUCAUCCUUUAAAAAUCCGGCAAAAAGCACUUCAAUUUGCACCUGCGAAGCACUUCCUGGACUUCCCACUCAGCGACGUCUAGGUGUUAUGGAUGAACGAGAAAUCGUUUUAAGCUAUAAGGACGUUGUAUUGAGGGGUGUGGAUUUACAUGCUCUUCAGGGGCCUUUUUAUCUAACCGAUCAAAUAAUAGCUUUCUAUUUCAGUUAUUUGUCUUCCUUGUAUGAUUCAAAAGAAGAAGAUAUCCUACUUGUUCAUCCCUCUGUUUCCUUUUUCCUUGCCCAUUCCCGGGAUGAAAACCUUGGUGAUUUUAUGGAACCAUUAAAACUGUCCACCAAAAAGCUGGUCCUUUUCCCUGUAAAUGAUUGCACUGAUUUUGAUGGGGGUCAAUCCGGAGCACACUGGAGCCUGGUUGUUUAUGACAGAACUAAGAAUAGUUUCUCACAUCUUGACAGCAUUGCUGGAGCUAAUCAUCUGCAUGCCUUGCAUAUCUAUAAGUCACUCAAGGGGUUUAUGGGACCUCCUGUUGCCACUCAACCGCCACAAUCUAUGAUAAAUGAGGAGAAGAAACCUCCUGCUCCUAUUGCUGAUGCAAUACCUGAAUUUGUUGAAGUCCCCUCCCCUCAGCAGAAAAAUGGAUAUGAUUGUGGAAUUUAUGUCAUUGCAAUUGCCCGGGCUGUCUGUCAAUGGUUUUCAUCUACCAGGAAUAAUAACAAAGAUGUUGAUUGGAUUUCUGCUGUUCAAAGGCAUGUUGAUGCUUCUGUGGAGAUCACAAUGCGUGAUGAGAUAAUGAAGCUCAUUCAAGAGUUACGUGAUGCUUGAUCAUUCCUUUCUUACCGAGUCAUUUGUGGAUGUGAUUAUACUGCCAGAUAUUGCUUGCCAACUCGGUUGGUUGACAGUCUGCUAAUUAACACGUAAGCGCUAUUAGCAGCUUCUUCAAUCUGAAUGUUAACAUUUGUUUUCUUUAAUCGCAUAGCUUAGCAAUUUAGUAUGCAUUUCUAUUUUAGUUACAAUAGACAAAGAGAGGGUUUUUUACCACAUGUUUAAUGCUUCUGUAGUUUUUUAUGUUCAGAGUGAAUGGUAUCUUGUA